GCGCCUUACAUGAAAUAACCACCUGUGAAUUCGAUAUUUUUAUUAAUUAAUAAACUGAUUAUUGUUAAUUUAGAAGAGAAAUGGUGACGUCUUUCAGAAAAAUUAAAUAAUAUUACACUUAGAAAACGAUAACCACAAAAUAUGAGUUAUGAAUAUAAAUAACAUUUAUGGCAUUUUAUAUAAAACCACCGAAAGGUGUGAUUUCUCAAAGAAAAUUGCGUUUAUAUGCAGAGAAACGACUUAAAUUUUUAAUCGACUUACACAGGUACAAAGAUGACGAAGAGUCUUUGAUUCGACUCAUUGAAAACAUUUCAACUGUCAGUCAGUCAGAAUGCCUAAUUGAUGGGACAGUAUCGGAUCGCAUAUCGCAUUUUAUUCUUAGAUCAGUAUUCUGUGAACAUUCUUCAAAAAUAGAUUGGUUUCUAGAUGCUGAGUGUAUACUCUUUAAAUUACGAUUGGAAAGACAAAGUCAAUCUGAUGCAAUUCGAUUUUUAAAUCAAACUGAAUUUCAUGUAAAAGAAAUAAUUAAGUCACCUAAGUUGUCAACUUCUCACUUAGAAGUUUUACAAACUUUACAAUCUGUUUGCAAUUUAAUGAAAAAGAAAGUUGUUCCUUCCAUUAUAAAAGUUCCUUUUCAACACGCUUUAGAAUAUGUACAGCAAAGAGAAUUCCCACUUGAGAAAGGAAAGAUAUUAUUUCCAAUUGAAAGAAUUGAUGAUUUAUUAUCAUCUUUACAUAGAUUAACCUUAUUUGAAGGAUUAUACCAUAUGAGAAAUUUAUCAAUGAUAAUUAGUGAUGUGAGAAUAAAAGAUAUUGAAAAAUACUUAACUCAAUUUAUUUAUGAUGAAAUUUAUGAAGAAAACACUAAUCAUCUUAAAGCUUGUGAAGUUGAAAAUGUUAGUUAUUUCUUUCCUCCGUGUAUGAGUCAUUUAUAUAACAUUUUAAGAACUCGUCAUAGAUUGCAGCAUCAUUCUAGAAUCCAAUUAACACUGUUUUUGAAAGAUAUUGGUCUGCCAAUUAAUGAAGCAUUGUUAUUUUGGAAAAAAGAAUAUUCAAUGCCUGUAACUGAAAAUUCUAAAUGCUCACAUUCAUGGUCAAAGGAAAGUCAGCGUUAUACCUAUAAUAUUCGUCAUCUUUAUGGUCAAGAAGGUUCAAAUAAAACAUACACAAGUCAUUUAUGUAAAACUUUACAAGAAGAUAUAUUAAAACCAAUUGAUGUGGGAGGCUGUCCUUUUGCUCAACAUGAUGUAAAUAAUAUCAAUAAAAUUAUGCAAGAAAAUAAUAUACAAGAACCAUAUAUAAAUAUUAUUUUAGAAUACAAUCAACAAAAAAGAUACAGUGAUGCCUGUUUACAACAUUUUAUGGCACAGUAUACAUUUAUGAAACAAAGAAAUGAUGAUGUAUAUUUAUCAUCUUUUAAUUACAUUGCAAAAAAUUCAAAAGAUAGAAAUGAAGAUUUUCAAGUGAAUAUUAAUGAUAAUGAAAUAAAAUGUAAAAAAAUGCACAAAAUGAAUUGUAAUUGCUCAGUUUCAAAAAUUGAGAUUUCUAAACCAGCUGAUUAUUUUAAAUCAUUUCAAAUGUUAUUAAAUGGUUUAAAAAACAGUAAAUAAAAUUGUUGUUAUUACUUGUAUUCAUAUGUUAAUGAUUUUCAGAUAUAAUUAUUCCAACUGAUCUGUUUAUCAGAAGUUUCAUGUUAUCCAAGGUAAAUUGUGGAUGAGUAUACUUUGUCAACAAAGAUAAAGGAACAUAGUACAGAACAGUUCAUUUCACAAAUACUUGGCCAAGUGACAUAUGAUACUAUAAGAAAAUAUCAAAAAUUUUAAAAAGAACUUACUGUUGUGACUUCACACAACAACACAUUUUAAAAAUUUUUAUUGUAUAAUUUAGAAAUUAUGUUCAGUAAGUGGGUUUAAUAUAAAAUUAGUGUAUUGUAUCUGUGCAAAUUCAGUGUAAUAAUUUACUAAACAUCUAUUAUCCAAGUUGUUAAUCAUCUGUGGUACUCUCAGUCUACUUUACUAGAUAAUUAAGACUCUACUGUAAUUAAAUGCUUUCAUAAUAUUUCAUAAAAGAUUUUAAAGUAUUUAAAAAUUGAUAUCUGUUUUUAAAAUUCUUUAUUUAAACCUUCAUGCUCACUAUUUCUUGUAUUUUCUAAUCAACUACUCAAAACUGGAUAUACUUAAUAAACCAAGUGAAUGAAAUUAUUUCCAGCACAAAUUUAUAACAAAGCAGACAUUUUUGACAGCAUCUUCAAGCUAACUGACCUUCACAGCUAUUAAAACAAGAUAGUUGUCCACAUGUUAAGAGGAGUGACAUAGGGAAGAAAGGAGAGGGAGAG